CCCGCCCGCCAUCUUCACAGGGUCUUCCCAGGGCACUGCAUCAUGCGCUUCCGUCUACUUUCGUGCCUGCUGCAGUAACCCCGGGCCUCAUUCGCUGCAAAUUAUAUUUUAUAUAUAUAUAUAUAUGUAAAAUCUCUAAAUUAUCCACAUUAAGGGAAAUGUGUUCAAAUCAACCACAUCGUCGAGAUGCGGAAAUGUCCUAAUUUCCUGGCACGUCUACAGACAGCUACUAAAAAGGCCCAUUGAGGAUCUAUUAGGAAGUGGACAGGUGCAGUAGUUCAGGUAAACUUGGAAAGUGAGAUUAGGAUGACAUUGUAAAAGUCCAUAUUUAAAGGUUUUUAGAGGAUCAUUAUUGAUAAAAUGAAUCCAAUUCCAUCGAACCUCAAGUCUGAAGCCAAGAAGGCUGCAAAAAUUUUGAGAGAGUUUACUGAAAUAAGUUCAAGAAAUGGACCUGAUGUAAUCAUACCAGCUCAUGUGAUAGCUAAAGCACAAGGACUUGCUAUCCUCUCCGUGAUUAAAGCUGGAUUUUUAGUAACUGCUCGUGGAGGCAGUGGAAUUGUGUUGGGCCGUCUGCCAGAUGGAAGAUGGUCUGCUCCUUCGGCAAUAGGCAUUGCUGGACUUGGUGGGGGUUUUGAGAUCGGAAUUGAGGUAUCUGACUUGGUGAUAAUCCUGAAUCAGAAGCGUGCAGUUGAUGCUUUUGCAAAGGGGGGAAAUCUCACACUAGGUGGAAAUUUUACUGUUGCAAUUGGACCCAUUGGCAGAAACUUAGAGGGAGAUGUUGCUGUAAGAAGUUCAGCUGCAGUAUACACCUACUGCAAGUCACGUGGGUUGUUUGCUGGAAUAUCAUUAGAAGGUUCUUGUUUGAUUGAAAGAAAAGAGACCAAUCGCAAGUUUUACUGCCAGGACAUCCGAGCAUGUUCAAUUUUGUAUGGAGAUGUCGAGCCUCCAGCUGUAACCCAAGAACUGUAUGACAUACUGGACACUUUCACUGAGCAGUACCAAAAGGAAGAACAGCGUGGAAAUAAGAGAAAAGUAUCAAGAGCACAGACAAAGGCCAAAGAAUCACAAAAAUCUUCACCCAGACCACAGCGUACAUCUGUGAAUGGAGGAUUAGGAGAGCAUAAUCCCACCAGCAGUCUUUAUCCUGAUCUGCCCAGAUACCAGAAUGAAAGUCCAUGGGAAAUGCCUUCAAUUGUGACAGCGAUACACUCAUUUGAGGGACAAGCACCAGGUGAUCUGAGUUUCCAAGCAGGUGAUAAAAUCACUGUGACAUCCCGAACUAAUUCCCAAUUUGACUGGUGGGAAGGAAAACUCCGAGGAAAUGGUGGCAUUUUUCCAGCCAACUAUACGUCUAUUUCUCAAGACUAUUGAUUGUGAAUCACACAUGUAAUAUUGCAAAUGUUGCCCUUUGGUUUGUUAUGAGGUUUAUAAUAUUUACUAGAAUUGUAUGAACAAAUUUGAUCCUUAAAUAUACACAAAAUAGACACCUAUGUAAUAUUUAAAGUUAUAACAAUAUUUUCAUAUAAGCCAAAAGUUCAGAGCCCAAGGAGGUUCAUCAUUAUCACAUAAAAGUCAAAAUUAGGUUGCUCACCAUUGACACUAAUAUUACACCAAUAUCUAUUUUCUUGAACAUGUGUAUACAGUUUUUACAAUUAAAUUGAUACUUUUUGAGCAUCAUCUGGUACAUCUAUAUAGAACCAAAGGGUACUCAGGAGAAAAGCACACUCCUUUGUGACAGUAAAAUUAUAUUUAAGUUAGAAUGAAAGGUUUGUAUACAGAGUAUAUAUUAAAUCUAAUUCUGUAAAGUUUAAUCAACAAAAUGUGAUUUUCAAUCAUUCAAGAGCAAUAAAAUAAAAGAUUGCCAAAAAAUAUAGAAAUAAUUCUGCCAAUUUAUAACCUGUAACCUACAAUUACCGAGGUCUAGUUUGAAAAUUCUUACUGUACUUUUUUUCAUUUAGAAUAUAGAAUUAUGGUGUUGGAUUAUUGCAAAAUGAUUUUAAGACAGAAACCUGAAUAAGUAUAUUAACAAGUGGAACUUGGAUUGCAAUAAAAUGGAAUGAUAAAAAUCA